AUGAAUGACAACGAAAAAGAGGAAGCUGCAAAUUUGAAAGACGAGUUUGAAUGGGUUCUUCGUGAGGAAGUUCACGCUAUAUUACAUCAAUUACACUCAGUUCUAGUGGAAUGUGCACACCGUUUUCCAGUCCCACUAUAUGGGAACGAAGGACAAAAACAAGACAAAUUUAUAUUAACAUCUCAACCAGAACAACUGAAGUGUGUUGUCACCCUUACAGGAGAUAGUAUCACACAUGCAGAUAUAAGUUUUAAAGUAUUAAGGCAGAUGCACACAAUAUGCAAGACCUCAAUUAACCAGGAUGGGCCUUGGAAACUUCAACAGAUCCAGGAUGCCGCUAAUCAUUUACAACAGGCCAUUGGCUAUAUAGAUAAUGUUGAUAAACAUUAUGUAUUCAGGUCAUCUGAAGAAGUGCUUCAUAUAAUACAGUGUUUGCUGGGAUCCUUACAAAGAGCUAGAACAGCUCUUGUGUUACCUAAGAAAAAGGCUAUUGAUGAAUUAAUGAAGAGUAGAAAUAUGAAAGCAUUAUCACCAAAUUUGCCAGAAGAUCUUGCAAUAUCUUUCUACAUACAGUCCCAUAAAUUGAUAUUUGUUGCGUAUCAACUUAGUUUGGUUCAUGGGAGUAUGCGUAUUGACUCAUGUCAAGCCGAUUGUGCUGUACCGUGGCUUAGUGAUGUCCUAUUCAUGUUAACGGCCGCUUUACAUAUGUGUCAACAACUUAAAGAUAAGCUCUGUGUGUUUUCUCAGUACAAAGAUUUUACCGUUGGAUCCAGAUCUGCCUCUAUGAUAUUCAAUUAA